GGUUUGGGCAAGGAGGGGUUUGGUCUAGGGACUAGGGUUGACGUGUAAUUUUUUUCACAUAUUAUUAUCUGGAAUUUAUUUUAAUUUAGGUUUAUUGAAAUAAUAUUCUACGGAUAAUAACUCACAACAUGAGCCAAGACGUCAGAAAAUUUGAUAUCAAAAUAGUAAGUGAAAAUUUUGAAGCUGCUCUUCACAAGGAAGAUGAUGUUCAAAUUCAAGAAUAUUUGGACAGUUUUGAAGAACUCAACAGAUUCUUUACAUUAAUGGGCUCAAUAUUCAGUUUUGUUAGUAGUGAUUUAAAAGCAAAAAUAGAUUUGCUGAGGGAAUUUCUUGAAAAUUCCAGGGAUAAUUUCUGUACUGUGAAACUUAUGAUUCAGUAUGAAAAGGAAAAUGAUCUUCUCAACAAAAAUGGUUAUGAGUCUGGAAGUCGGACUCUACUUAGACUGCACAGAGGUUUAGAUUUCAUACAAUUGUUCUUGAAGAAAAUUGGAGACCUCAAAAGUGCAGAUAGUACAUCCACUGCAUGUAAAGAAGCAUAUGAACAAACCCUAUCACAACAUCAUUCUUUUAUAAUAAGAAGUGGUGCUAGACUAGCAAUGUUCACUCUUCCUACAAAAGAUAAUCUACUAAAACAGGUUUGUGGUGAAGAUAAUGUACAAUCAGCAAUGGAUAUGCUACCAAAAACAUUAGAAGUUUCUUCAUCAGUACAUCAAAGAAUAGAGAAGUUAUAUACAUUACAUGAUCUCCAUAGCUUGCCCUAAGAAAUCUUGUGUUUGUGUGUUCAUGGAUGGGUGUGCCUGCAAAAUUUUGGAGGUAUUUGUAUUCUGAGAUUAUUGAGAAUAUGUUAUUCAAGUGUCAUUUGUAUAAUGAAGUGGAUAAUUCAAGCAUAUUGCUGUAAAAUGUGAAAAUGCUACUAUUGAUUUAUAUUCAAUGUGUGGAAACUGCACAUCUUUAUUGUUUCUAAAUGAUUUAUAUUUAUAAAUAAAUGCCUUUUACAUAUUCCAUUGCCUACUUUUGUUGCUGAUCAUCAAUAGUAUUCUGUUGUUGUUCUGCCUCCUGUAUUCUGUUUCUCCAUGCAGUCAUGUAACUUGUAGGAUGAAUUGGAAAAAAACCAGCAAGACCCAGUAAUUGUUCCACAGGCUUUGAAACUACUGCUCCAUUACCUAUCCAAUGUCGAAUUCGCUCAUAAUUCAGAGACGUGAGUUUUUCAUUAUGCUCAUUUGGGAGAGGAUCAUGUGUCCCAACUUGCUCUAUCACUGGCAUGUGUUGAUCUUUUCUUUUUUCAGCAACAACUAUAUGGAA